CCCUGUCUGGGUUCCUGGGUUUGGGGUCCGGGUCAGGUUUGGGGUGCCCCCCCCUGACUCCCCCGUCCCUGUCCCCAGCCCGGGGGGUCGCGGCCGGCGCGGCGGGGCCGCCAGGGCUCUCUGGGCCGGACGGUGUCCGAGUGCUCCGAGGGUCGCGGCACCGCCUCGGAGCUGGAGCUGGGGGGCGAGGGGGGGUCCCUGGCGGGCAGCCUGUGCCGCAGCCUGCGCUCGCGGGGGGACAGCGCCUACCUGUCCCAGCGGGAGAGCCUGCCCCCCGCGCCCCCCGCCUCCCAGGGCAGCGAGGAGGACCCCAACGGCUACGUCACCCCCAACUGCGCCCUCCGCGACCCCGCGGGGGGCUCGGUACCGACCGCCGAGGAGGAAGAGGAGGAGGAAGAGUACGAAUACAUGAACCGGCGACCCCCGGGGGUCUCCCCCCAACCCCGCCCGGCCUCGCUGGAAGAACUGGGCUACGAAUACAUGGAGGUGACCCCCGAGCCGGGGGGACCCCCCCAAAACCGCGGCGGGGGGGCGGGGGGGCUCACCGGGGGCGAGGAAGACGAGGAUGAGGACGAAGAUUACGAAUACAUGAACAAACAGCCGCGGCUCAGCCGCUCGCUCCUGGGGGGGCACCGCGGCUACACCCCCAUGGGAGACCCCCCCGCGACCCCCGAGGAGGAGCAGGGCUACGAGGAGAUGGAGGCGGUGCUGCGGCCGCCCCAAGCCCACCCCCAAAUCCCCCCCGCGACCCCCAUGAAGCCCCUGCGGAGCCUGGAAGCCUCGGACUGCGCCUUCGACAACCCCGACUAUUGGCACAGCCGCCUCUUCGCCAAAAGCGACCCCCAGAGGACUUAAAGGACCCCCGGGACCCCCCCCCGGACCUCCCCAAUUUGGGGGGGGGUCGCGCUGAAGAUGAAGGAUUCACCCCCCCGCCCAAAGGAGGGGUUGCUGUGGGGUUUUUUUGGGGGGUCUCAGCUCUCUGCACCUCCUUUUUUUUUUUUUUGGGGAGGGGGGUGAGGUUGAGCAUGCCCAGGUGGGGAGGGAGACCCCCGGGAGACCCCCGGGAGACCCCUCCCAUUAUUUCCUUCCUCCCCCCCCCCGCAAUCACUGAAGGUGCUCCCCAAAUCCCUGGGGGGAUCCCUGGGGGGUUUUGGGGUCCCUGAGGGCUUUUGGGGUCCCUUGAGCCCCCCCCCGGGCUGCCUGGGGGGCACCAGAGGGGAUUUCUGAAGGACCCCAGACUCAUUUUCAGGGUUCCCCAUUGAGUGAAGGUUUGGGGUGUCCCCCCUCCCCCGG